CACAACGCUAGGUGUUUCGAAAAUGAAACUGUUCUGUGCCUGACUUUAAGAGGGAGUAGAGGGAAAACGAAAAUUAUAAGGAGUCAUCGUAAAAUCUGACAGAUUUUGACAUUUAGGCCGAUUCAGACGGAACGGAAAGCGUUCGGAUUUCAUGCUGCGGGAGCCGAGAGGGCAUUUAUUAUUGGUGAGGGAGGCAGGCCUUUGCUGUUAAAGCACGUCAACACUCAAUCUCGGAAUGUUGACUAGCUUCCAGAGCAGGAUGGACCACAGUUGGCUUCACUGGCUGCUGUAGCACAGGCUGCUUUGUGAGACGGGACCAGCUCUAUCACCAUGGCACACUUUGAGACAGAGUACCAGCGCCUGGAGGCGUCCUACAGCGACUCUCCUCCUGGCGAGGAGAACCUAAUGAUGCACGUGCCUGAGGGAAGCAAAUCCCAGUGGCACCACAUAGAAAACCUGGACUUGUUUUUUCAAAGAGUCUAUAAUCUGCAUCAGAAGAAUGGGUUCACCUGCAUGCUGCUGGGAGAGAUUUUUGAGCUGGUACAGCUGCUAUUUGUUGUUGGUUUCACCGUUUUUCUGGCCAACUGUGUGGAUUAUGACGUCCUCUUUGCCAAUAAGUUUGUAAAUCACACAGAUUCAUCUAAAGUCACCUUACCAGAUGCAAUCCUCCCAAUGGAUGUCUGCAGUGCUCAUAUCCAAGACAAUGCCUUUGUGAUAUUUGUUCUGAUCAUCUCUGGAGUGUUUUGGCUGCAUCGCUUGGUCAAAUUCCUCUAUAACGUUUGCUGUUACUGGGAGAUCAGGUCUUUCUACAUCAACGCACUCAAGAUGACCAUGUCGGAGCUUCCCUAUGCAACGUGGCAGGAAGUUCAGGCCAGGAUCAUUGAGAUCCAGAAGGAGCACCAGAUCUGCAUUCAUAAGAAGGAACUGACAGAGCUCGACAUUUACCACCGCAUCCUGCGCUUUAAAAACUACAUGGUUGCAAUGGUGAACAAAUCUCUCCUUCCUGUGAGAUUUCGGCUUCCAGUUCUUGGGGACUGUGUGUUUUACACCCGGGGUCUCAAAUAUAACUUUGAGCUCAUCUUUUUCUGGGGACCAGGCUCUCUCUUUGAGAAUGAGUGGAGUCUAAAGCCAGAGUAUAAGAGAGGAGGUAACAGGCUGGAGCUUGCAGAUAGGCUGGCGUCUCGUAUCCUGUGGAUCGGCGUUGCAAACCUGCUGCUGUGUCCAGUCAUCCUGGUGUGGCAGAUUCUGUAUGCCUUCUUUAGUUACACUGAGGUAAUCAAGCGAGAGCCUGGAUCUCUGGGAGCAAGAUGCUGGUCCCUGUAUGGUCGAUGUUACCUGCGUCAUUUCAAUGAGCUGGACCAUGAGCUCAUGUCCCGCCUCAGUAAAGGCUACAAGGCUGCAUCCAAGUACAUGAACUGCUUCCUUUCUCCACUGCUGACAGUGGUCGCAAAGAAUGUGGCGUUUUUCGCCGGCUCCCUCCUGGCCGUCCUCAUCGCUCUGACCAUCUACGAUGAGGACGUUCUUGCAGUGGAGCAUGUCCUCUCAUCCAUCACGCUGCUUGGGGUCUGCAUCACAGUUUGUAGGUCAUUUAUCCCUGAUAAACACAUGGUGUUCUGCCCCGAACAGCUGCUGCGGGUCAUCCUGGCUCACAUCCACUACAUGCCAGACCACUGGCAGGGCAAUGCACACCGAUACGAGACCCGAGACCAGUUCUCCCAGCUCUUUCAGUACAAAGCUGUGUUUAUUCUUGAGGAACUACUAAGUCCAGUGGUGACUCCCAUCAUUCUCAUCUUCUGUUUGAGGAGGAAGUCUCUGGAGAUUAUUGAUUUCUUCAGGAAUUUCACGGUGGAGGUGGUUGGGGUCGGAGACACCUGCUCUUUUGCCCAGAUGGACAUCAGACAGCACGGACAUCCUGCGUGGAUGUCGGAGGGGAAGACUGAGGCUUCUAUCUACCAGCAGGCAGAGGAUGGGAAAACAGAAUUAUCACUGAUGCACUUCGCCAUCACCAACCCACAUUGGCAGCCUCCUCGAGAGACCACACACUUCAUCAGUCAGCUCAAAGAAAGAGUCCAGAGGGAGGCUGCAGGCUCGGCCCCUGACACGCAUCCACUCUCCUUGUCAGAGUCUGAACCAAGAAGUCUUGUUGCAAAUAUAAUGGCAGAUCCUUCAACUCUGGCUUCUGUUCAUUUCGCCUGCGACAGCUCUUUAACUAACAAUGCAGCUUCUGGAAUAAGCAGCGGGGCGACAGCCUUGCGCUCCCUCUCGCCAAUCAGCAGCAGUCUUCACCUGAGAGGCAGUUUGAGUGCUGCUCAUAGAGCAAGUGGUUUUACUGGCAGAACAAUGGCAGGGUCUGGAACUGAUGCCAGAACCGUGAGCUCAGGCAGCAGCGCGUGGGAGGGUCAGCUGACUAGUUUGGUCCUGUCUGAGUAUGCGUCCACCGAAAUGAGCAUUCAUGCACUUUACAUGCAUGAGCUCCAUAAACAGCAGUCCCGUGGUGAUCUGUCCCGUCACACCUGGCACAGGCAGGAGAGCGACGAAAGCAGCGACAGCAUCCCGGAUGAAGUAAGGAGCGAGCCCAACGCUCACUCCAGAAAUUUCCCGCGUUCGCACACUUUCCCAACCACGCUUACCAAUCCCGUCAUCGGCUCAGGCUCAGCCGGCACCGCAAUGAGCCAGGAGGAGGCAAAGGCACAGAGCAGCAGUCAGAGGCGCCACAGUGGACCCGCUGAAGACCAUUUUGGUAGCGGUGGAAAGAGUGUGAGGACGGCGCGUUUGCCAAUGGGUGGAUGGGCAGAGGAUGGUAAAGCAUCAUCUAGACACCAUGAGCCUCUUCAAGAGGAAACCUCAGAGGAUGAGCUUCCUCCUCACAUACACAAGGUUACAUAAGCCAUAGGAAGAAUUAUCGUCAUAGAUGAUGAUUUGCAUCCUCCUUUUUCUCCAUACCUGUACUUUGGAUUGAUCUUUUUCUCUUGAAAAUACAGAUGAACAGCAGGGUUUAUCUCCACCCCUUUAAACUAUUGUUGUGUGGAAAAUACAACCAGUACUGACCUUUAUGUUUAAAUAGGCAGAUGGCAUGAAACGUCUCUUCUCAUCGAGGACAUCCAAGAUCAAGUUAUAUUGCAUAACAUUACACACUAAACUUGUUUAUGAUGUCGUGUAAUUACAACAUAAAAGUCAAUGUCCUAUUGCAACUUAGCAGAAAAAAGAUGUAAAGACUCAGGACUCUUUCUCUCUGUAAUCCAGUCAUGGUUUCUUAAUUAAUUGCUCUUUUCGAAAUCUAAAAAAGAUAAUUGACUUAUUUAAUCAGUACUAAUAAUUAAACCAGUGUUCAGAGUUCUACUGAUUACACAAUAAUUUUUCUGUGUUCUGGUAUGAGUUAAUCUUACAUCUGACAUUUUUGCAAGAAAUCUUAUGUAAAAUUACUUUACUUUUAAUUAUACUUUGAUUUCUCUUCACAUGUAUGUUCCAGAUUUGGCUUUCUAAAUUGGUUUCAAACUUUGCCCUAAAUAUGGUUCAAUUAGAGCUAAUUUAUGCAGAGCAAGUUGCCUGCAUGAACAUAAGCAUAUUGAAGGGAAUUAGGAAGAUGGUCUAUCAAAUUAAUUGAAUUCACAUCAUACUUAAACCAGCAUUUUGGGAUGGAUGUUGAUGUGUGUUAAGGCCUUGAUCUGAUGCUUAAGGAGGCCCUAAACACAAAUGCAUGAUCAUUUUUAGAACCAGCUUACCCCUUAUAUAUAAUCUUUGCUGAUCACAGCAUGACAGUUCUUUCUGAUUUUCUUUUGUAAAUGUUUUAAAUGAUGAAUUGCACUUUAAUAGUUAGUUUCAAUGCAUCAGAUGUUUGUUUUGCAUUGUUUUAUAUGCUUUUUUGUAAGUUCUUAAGUUAUUUUCUGUAUUAAAUGGAUGUGCCAUGAUGAGGGAUGACUUUAAAAUAUGUGCCUAAUAAUGUGCACUCACAUUUGAUAAAGAACACUGUAAGUAUAAGGAAGAUGCAGACGUGCGGGUAAACUGAAGUCCUAACAGAUGUAUUCUGUUUUAUAGAUGCUGUAUAGUACCACUUUGUACAGUUGUAAAUUAAACUAUUAAAGACACAUGAA